AUGACGGCAACGCAGCCAGGGUCCGAUCGGGCGGCAGGCGCCGCUGCCGCCGCCGAAGUCGCCUUCAUCACCGAGCUGUGGACGCUGUACGCAGUCGGGCUGUCGGCGACCAUGCUGCGAACCUAUGCGCGCGUACGCGCAGUUGGGCUUCGGGGCCUGCGCGCAGAUGACUAUUUUGUCUGGGUCGGUAUUUCGGCGCUUGGCCACGAGGUCGGCCAUGCGGCGAAUGGAUCGGCCAACAAUGGCAUGUCCGAAACGCAGCGGGAAAGCCUGGAUCCAAAUAGCGACGAGUACAUGAAGCGUGUCCUUGGCUCUAAGAUUCAGGUAGCGGGCUGGUCGACGUAUGUCUGUCUCAUGACUAGCCUGAAGAUUUCGAUGCUCUUCUUCCUGACGCGCCUCAUGUUUGGUCUGGGACGCUCAUUCCAACUUCGCAUCUGCAUCGGCUUCAUUCUCGUCAUCACCACCUUCAUUACGUGCCUUGUUAGCAUCUUCGCAUUCUGUCGUCCCUUCCGAAACUACUGGGCAAUAUAUCCCGACCCAGGCAGGUCAUGUCAAGCUGCCAUUUCCCUGCCCAUAGUGUGGUCAACUUUUGCAACCAAUGUAUCUACCGACAUUUAUCUCAUCAUGAUCCCGAUCCCCAUACUGUGGCAGUCUUCGCUGGCACUGUCGAAAAAGAUUGCCUCGACUGUUGUGCUAGGCGCUGGGAUAUUCGUUCUCGUUUGCGCGGUUUUGAAAAGUGCCUUUAUACUCGCCGAUCCCAUUAAUGGUGCCCAAUUGGCUGGUUCAUGGGGCACCCGCGAGGCGUUCGUGGCCGUCAUGACCACAAACCUCCCCAUGAUCUUUCCGCUCAUAAAGCGCUGGCUGCGUCCCCUGCUGCCGAAGCAGCUUUCAGCCUCACCAAAGGUCGAAAAGUCGCCCGAGGGCUUCCGAACCAUCGGCGGUGGAGGGCCGGGGGCGGAGGCCCGACGUAGGCCUGCCAGUGCCAAUGCACUCACAGGCUUGUCUUGCAGUGCCUCGGAAGAACUUGUGGCGGAUGAGACAAAAAAGGAACAAGAGCAAGAAGACAUACUUCUCCCUGGCGAAAUUACUGACAUAGAAGCUGGCGCGAGCAGUCGUCGCCCUUCACUGGUGCCUGGUAGCGACGAUGCCGAGCAGAAGGCGUGGACACAGCUUGAACACGACUCGAGGAAAUGA